UUCGCUGCCACUCUGUGCCGCUCUGCAUGCGAACAAUAGCCAUAGCAGCUCAACGCCACACGCCAAUCAGUCCGAAUCACUAGACGCAGUGCCCGCUGAGCGCCAUGGACCAGGCGGAAGCCACGAAUCCGUUCAAGAGCAUCGCAUCGAGCUCGACUUCUUACCGGAGACUGCACGAGACCACGAGAGUAGAAGACAGUCCAGUCGUGACCGUACGAGAGCGUGCGAGCUCGUGGGUAACGUUUGAAGACGACAAGGAGGGAAGAGUGAGCGUUUUGGCAAGUGACUAUGGCGCCACGUCAUUUAGCAGCUCGUUGAUGGCUGCACCGUUGAGGACGGUGCAAGAAGCAAUGCUUUCUAAUGAUUGCGAAGUCGGGAGUAGGGUGGAUCGUGCGCGGAGUCCGAAUGCAAUCGAAGUCAAGGAAGAGAGGAGCACGCCUUUUUCACAUCCGGGUGUUUUUUGGUAUACACAUCCGGGUGUUUCCCAGUAUGUGGGGAGAGACCCGUUGCGCGGAGACCGCGCCUUGUCGCCGAUAUCGAGUGCGAGUGCGAGCAGCGAUGAGAGGAGACCAAAUUGGGAACGUUUUGAUGACGACGGCCUGUCGCCGGUGCUUACUCCUUCGUCAGACGAUCAAAGUGGUGACCAUCACUUGAGUCACGUGAUGCGACCAGGUGUGCAGAAUGGGUGGCAACUCAAGUGCAAACUGAGAAACGCGAAGAGAAAGGAUCCGUGGGUGCCUGUGAAUAUGUCAGUGGAGGGCACGUCGUUGUUGUUGCUACGAUGUCCAGAAACCGAACUGCAGGCAGAGAAUAAACUGCAUCAUCCGGGAGAGUUAGAGGAGGUGGAUCUCAACGAGGUGUUGCCAUAUCAGGAAAUACAGUUGCACCAUGGUAUGGCGUUUACGGACAUGAGCGUUCGUAGGAUGGGAAAACACUCGAAGUCUCAUUCUGUCAAGCUUCGUUUUUAUGAGUACAAAGAGAAGCGGCGGAUCCGCACUUUCUUUAUGCGUUCGCAAUCCAAAAAGUCUGUCACGAUGUUAAAAUUAUGCAGCGAUGAUUCGUACAUUUUACAGGAUUGUGUGGAUACGGUGAACAGAGCCAUUCGUCAACUGCCUGUUUCUGUGUCCGAGGACCCGUCGACUGUGUACCACUCGAAUAAAGUCUUUGUUGACGUGCGAGAGUGUUGCAAGGUUGAGGCCAAAUGGGAUGGGCGUGUCAUCCAACAGAAUGCCAUUGACACGAUUUAUGUCACCGCGUUUAUUAGUCACACCCCCGAGUGUCGUCUCGUUGUCAAUGAUUGUCAAGCAGACAAAGUUCAGUCGACGAGCGGCUUUCUUCCACUUGGUCGAGCGAUAUGUCUAAAUAAUGUGUCGAUCCAUCCAUGUGUUGACAAGGAUGCAUUUGAUAUGAAUCGGUCUAUCAUAUUCCAUCCUCUCGAUGCUGUCAAAUUUCAACUUCUUCAGUGUGAGACGAGUCCUGUACAUCAGCCACCACUCAAGGCUACAGUUUUGUAUCGUGUUGACAAUGCAGUCGUCACUAUUACGGCUACUUUGGAGCAUUCGUUGUUGCCUUCUUCGGAUCUCUGCUUGACAAACGUUGUCAUGAAGUUUCCAAUUCCUGAGUUGUGGGCUUCUCUGUUUAUACGGACGACAAGGAUGGGGCGACGGUCAGUGAAAUCGACACGACAUUUUGGGUUUAGAAGAUCGUUGGGGACAGACAUUUGUCAGAUUCAGACGAAUGUUGGCAAGGCAAAGUAUGAGGCCGAGUUUGGUGCCGUUGUAUGGCGGAUAGGCAACAUGAUGUCUGGUCAUCUACCAGAUAUGGACAAUAAGCCAGCAUUUCAUUGUCAGUUGGAACUGUUGCCUGACUUCCACCGUCCUGACACUUCAAACAUUGAAGUAGAACUUGACUACGAUGUUCCAGGUUUCUCAAGCUCUGAUGUUCGUAUCCGAGCAUUUCGUAUUGUCAACGGCAGCCGCCAGAGGAGGCAGCCACACCUACGACCGAAGAAGUAUGUAAAAUAUUUGACACAUUAUCACUACAUUUCUCAGAGUUGCUAGAGUGGGGUAGUCAUAAAUUUUGAGGACAUUUUGUGUUGUAUAAGAGACCGGCCUUUAAGGACCUGAUGUGUAUGAGUUGAUUUGUAUUUUGAUAGCUGAACUUCUUUUUAUUGUAGUACAGUUUGCUUUUGAUUA